AUGGGGUGUAUUACCUCUGUUUCUUUUUCUGUUCUUAUUAAUGGAACCCCCACCACUCCCUUUAUUGCAAAAAAAGGAUUGAGGCAAGGAGAUCCUAUGUCUCCUUUUCUCUUUGCUAUUGGCAUGGAGUAUCUUUCUCGAUGUAUGCAUGAGCUUGGUAAAGUGCCUAAUUUCAAAUUUUCAUCCAAGAAGUUUUCGAGAGCUUCUAGUUUGACAGCUAAUCUCAGCAAGAGUGAAGUGUAUUGUGGGGGGAUUACUCAGGAUGAACGGGAUCUUAUUCUCAGAAGGCUGGGUAUGACUAAUGGCUCUAUUCCUUUUAAAUACCUUGGGGUUCCUUUAUCCUUAAAGAAGCUUACAAUCCAUCAAUGCAAGCCCUUGGUGAAUAAGGUAACUGGUAGAAUUGGAAAUUGGGCUAUCAGAUUUCUUUCUUAUGCAGGUAGACUUCAAUUGAUCAAGAGUGUGCUCUUUGGUAUUCAAACCUAUUGGGUACAAAUUUUUAUCCAUCCUAAAAAGAUUAUGAGAGAGAUUGAAGGUAGGUUUAGGGCUUUCUUGUGGACUGGAACAGCUAACCCCACAAGGAAAGCUCUUAUAGCCUGGAAGACCAUUUGUCUUCCUAAAUCUUCUGGAGGCUGGAAUGUCAUUGCUCUUCAAGAGUGGAAUACAGCUGCAAUUUACAAGAUUUUGUGGGAUAUUACUCACAAAGCUGAUACUCUUUGGGUCAAAUGGCUUCAUGUAUAUUACUUCAAGGAUAGGGAUCCCUGGACUGUUAACAUCCCACAGAAGAGCUCUUGGGUUCUCAGAAAGGUUAUGAAGCAAAGAAGCUUAAUUGAUAAAAUUGGAGGCUGGAUUUCAGUAGCUAGUAGCAAUGGGAUUAAAAUUAAAAAAAUCUAUGACAAGUUGAGGCAACAGGCUACUAGAGUGUCUUGGAAAAGACUUGUAUAUAAUAACAAUGCAUUCCUAAGAAGUGUGCUCCUGCUAUGGCUUGCAAGCUGGAAUCGAAUGUUGAUUAAGGACAGGAUCCUUCUAUGGAAUCAGCAUUGUGACCCUGAAACAGAAUGGGCUAUCAAGAAAAGAAGACGAACUGAUCACACUAGUAGAUUACAUUUGAUGUUCUUGGCUGAAGCAGUUCACUAUGUUUGGAUUCAGAGGAAUAGUGUCCUGUUUAAAGGCUCUUGUGAACCUGCUGAGACUGUUUUCAGGAAGCUGGUGUAUAGAGUUGCUUGCAGAAGCAAUGAGACUGAUAGAAGGAAGCUUAUCUGGUCUUGGGGCAGACAGGCUUGUUUUCUGAGUUCUAGUAGGCUAUUUGUGCCUGGUCCGUGCUCCUAG